AUGGACAAUUACAGCAUGCUCAGCAACCCCUCUGUCUGGGCCAGUAUGCAGAACCAGCCAGUCAUGCCGCCGCCGCCAGGUCAGAUGCCUGAUUUCAGCAAUCCUGAACGUAAAGCCUACCAGGUAUAUGCGUCUGCUUGUGUCUGUUUACCACUCAUGCUGUUCUUUGGUGCGAUGCGACUCUAUGUCAAGUUUGCGAUCAUAAAGAGUUGGGAGUGGGAUGACGGUAUCUAG